UCCGAACUUGAACCACCCAGGAUGGCGCAUGCUGAGCGCAAGUUCUUUGCACGCGAUGUGCUCCUUGGCGAGGGAGAUGACGAGCAAACACAGCGGCGGCAGCAAGCGAAGGAGCAGGGACAGCAGCUGCUGCAGCAACAAGCAACGGGAGCAACGCAGGCGAUGACAGGCGAUGCCGCGUUCGACGCCAUGCGUUCUUUUGUGCAGAAGCAGCUGGAAGGGAUGCGGGCCAGCUUUUUGUCGCCGUUUGGUCGACGAGAGAUUGUGUACACGGACCACACGGCCUCGUCCCGCGCCCUCCCUUGCAUCGAAGCCUUCAUCCAGCAACACGUCCUCCCAAUGUACGCCAACACCCACACCACCACCUCAGCUACCGGCUUGCAGACGACUCGCUUCCGCGCAGAGGCGCGCGACAUGAUCCGCAACGCCACCAACGCAUCGGAGCACGACGCCGUCAUCUUCUCCGGCUCCGGCGUCACCGGCGCCAUCAACAAGCUUGUCCACGCACUGGACGUGCGCGCGCGUGUUCUGCGAGGCGAGCGAGUCACCGUCAUCCACGGCCCUUACGAGCACCACUCCAACCUGCUGCCCUGGCGCGAAACUGGCGCCAGCAUCCUGGAAGUUCGUGAAGCAGCAGAUGGCACCAUCGACCUCCAACACCUCGAAGCCCUUCUCACAGCACCAAACGCCAAGGGCAGCAACCUGGUCAUCGGCACGUUUGCAGCCAUGUCCAAUGUCACGGGCAUCAUCAGCGACGUCGACGCCGUCACGGUGCUGCUGCACCGCCACAAUGCCCUGGCCAUCUGGGACUAUGCAACGGCAGCUGCCUACUUGCCAAUUGAUCUCAACCCAGUCCGCAUCCAGCACAACAAGGCCCUGGUUGCUCCUGAUGCUGUUGUAUUCUCGCCACACAAGCUCGUUGGUGGCCUCAACACCCCAGGGGUGCUGAUUGCAAAGCGGCGGCUGUUCAGCGGGCGCACCCCAGCCCACCCGGGCGGCGGCAGCGUCUUCUUCGUCACAGCAGCGGCGCACCGGUACCUGCAGGAUGUGGAGACGAGGGAGGAGGCCGGCACGCCAGAUAUUGUAGGCUCCAUCCGCGCAGGCCUGACCCUGAAGCUCAAGCUCGAGGCAGACCCCGACGCCAUUCUCACGCACGAGACAGAUCUUGCAGCCCGUGCCCUGGCACGCCUCUCCAAACACAGCGCCAUUCACAUUCUGGGCAGCAAGACAGCGCCGCGGGCUGCCAUUCUGUCGUUCAUGGUGUUUCAUCAGCAGAGUGGACUGUAUCUCCACCACAAUUUUGUGUGCUGUCUCCUCAAUGAUUUGUUUGGUGUUCAAGCACGCGGCGGAUGCGCCUGUGCCGGCCCCUAUGCCCAACGACUCAUGGGCAUGUCGCAGCCCCUGGCCGAACAGAUCGAGCGGCUGCUUGUUGAGGACUCGCGUCUUGACCGCGACCACCUCCGCCGUAAAGAGGAGCACGGCGCAUCCGAAAUGCUUCGCCCAGGGUUUGUGCGCAUCAACCUGCCGUGGUUCAUGGAUGACAGCUCCGUUGAUUUUGUCCUCUCCGCUGUCGAGUUUGUCGCCACGAACGGAUGGCGACUGCUCCCGCUCUACAACCCGCACCUGGACACGGGGGAGUGGCGUCAUGUGCAGCACACGUUGCACAAGGAACGCAAGUGGCUCAGCUCCCUCUCCUUUGCCCGGCUCGCUCGCGGCAACGACAGCACAACUCCCGCAGCACACGAGCAGGAAGGCGAUGACCGAGCAGCGGUGUGGGCGGCAGCAGAGGCAGCACUUGCGCAGGCCGCAAAGGCGGGGGCUGUGACGCCGGCUGCCAGUGUGUCGCUGAUGUCUGGCGAGGCGGAGGCGCUUCGCUGGUUCCUGUACUCACAGGAGGCAGCGUGGUUUGCACUCAACACUGCCACUGAUCAGCAGCAGCAGCAGCAGCAGCAGCAGCAGCAGCAGCAGCAGCAGCAGCAGCAGCAGCGUCUCAGGGGGUCGCCGUUUACUGUGGGCAACGCCCCCCUGCAUACAGCGGCACGUGGAGAGACAGACAGCAAGCGCACGUCCAUCCCCGCAGGCGAAUCCCACAAUGCCGCGCCCGCGUCUGCAGAUGUGUCUGCAGAUGUGUCUGUGGCGAAGCGGCUGGCUGCGUUGAGGGCUGAGGAGCAGCGACUGAUGGCGCUGAUGAAUACGACAACACCAGCACCAGCCCCAGCACCAGCCCCAGCCCCAGCCCCAGCACCAGCACCAGCACGGCCCAAGAAGAAGGAGGCAGUAGUUUGUGAUGAACACGCUGGUGCACCUGGCGAUGGUGGUGAUGAUGUUGGAAGGGACGACAGGCAGGGUACUGAAGAGAAGCCAUCGGCGAAUGGCAGUGAUGAUGCACAAGCGUGCUUGCAGGCAACGAGCAGCGAGGACGGAACAGCCAGAGCAUCCGAGGCAGAAGUUACGAGUGGCAGUGGUCAGGCGGGCGACCAAGAGAAGAGCAGCAACAGCAGCAGCAGCAGCGGCGAUGCGCAGGAACAAGAUAAGACCAACCAGAGCACGACCAAGAAGAAGAAGAAGCAGAAGAAGGGAAAGACUGGCGUUCGGUUCCACUGUCCUCCAAAGAACAUUCUGAACCCAACGUUUAAGGCGCUAAGCAAGUUUGACAUGAUUCGCGAUGGAGACCGCGUGCUUGUGUGUGUGUCCGGCGGCAAAGACUCGCUCACGCUUCUCCACACCAUGAAGCAGGCGCAAUACGUCUUCCGCGCACAAGGCGUGCGGUUUGAGCUCGGUGCGGCGACGGUUGACCCGGGCACGGAGGCAUACAACCCGCGGCCGCUGGUGGAGUACAUGAAGGCGCUCGGCGUGCCCUAUUUCUACGAGUCGCAAUGUAUCAUCGACGCAGCGUCAAACGUCGACAACCUUGCGAGCAUCUGCAGCUUUUGUUCGCGCAUGAAGCGAGGGCGCUUGUAUGCGUGUGCGCGGCGUGAAGGAUACAACGUCCUCAUGUUUGGACAGCAUCUGGACGACCUUGCCGAGAGCUUUAUGAUGUCGCUGUUUCACAACGGAUUCCUGCGAACAAUGAAGGCGCACUACACGGUGCAAGAGGGCGAUCUCAGGAUGGCGCGUCCGUUUGUCUUUGUCCGGGAAAAGGACAUUCGCGCGUUUGCAGAGGAUGCGGACGUGGCCCUGCCCAUCAUCAACGAGAAUUGUCCAGCUUGCUUCGAGGCGCCCACCGAGCGACACCGCGUGAAGCAGCUGUUGGCCUCGCAGGAGCUCAUCUUUCCUCGAUUGUACGGCAGCAUCCAGGCUGCCCUGCUUCCGUUGAUGUCCAAGAAUCGCACUGGCCUUGAGUCCCGCAGGCUCGCCCCACCACCACACACAAGCGACAACAACAACACAGGCACCGACACAGCAGACGCGGACACACCAACUUGCUGAUUUCUGUGUACAUCUUCCAUUAAACUUCGAACUACCCAA